UAGGCGUUGGGGGGUUUGCAAAUUCCCGCCUAUCCUCAAUGCUUAAAAGCGUCGUCAAGAUGCUUCAUUGCUUUUAGGCGUCGUUCAGGACACGUGCAGUUCACGUGUUAUGUUAAAUAGCGCUUCACCUUCUAGGAACGCUAUACAAGAAGUCAAGAAGUGAAACCGCCUAACUUCCCACUUCAGUACUCCACGCACACACGAACCCUAAUUCUUCACAAUUCAAUCUCAGUCUCAAAUCUAGCCUAAUUCACUCUCCAGUUCGUGCGCCCAGCGGGUAUGUCUCCAAUUCUUACCGUUUUUUUUUUUUUUCAUUUCUUCGAUUUCUUCAUUAAAUUGUUCAUCUUCAACCUCCUAUCAGUCUUAAAGCAAUUGCGAAGAUUUUCGCGAAAUUGAAAUAUUUGACAACGAAUUUAUGGAAAUUUCAAUGCAAGUCGUCAGCAGGUUUGUCUCGAAUGAUUGCCUUUUUUCUGCAAUUCUGUAACAUUCUCAUCCGAUUUUCUAAUUUCCAUAAAAAUUCUGCAAUUUGACAUCGAAUUUUCUUGAAAUUUCCAUGCAGUAUUUAACAUAGUCGAGCGAGUGAUUUCUUGUUUCCAUAUAUAAGUAUCUAAUUUAAUCUGUUUUUACACUAAUGCUUUUGGUAGCUUUCUUUUACUCAGUAACUACUAUAAUGAGAUCAUCUCUAUUCUCUCAUAUCUUUUCUCUGGCAGAUGUUGAUGAGUGUGCUGGGCCAAACAACCCUUGCUCUCAUACAUGUACCAACUCCCCUGGUGGUUACAAGUGCUCUUGCCCAAAAGGACAUCAUGGCAACAGUCUGAAAAAUGGCACCCAUUGUUCUAGUGAUCAUUCAGAGUUCGUAACAAGGUUCAGUUUAGAGAUGCUGGCAGAAACUUUAUGUCGUGGUUCAUUGAGUUCAAUGAACAUAACAUUAUAUGUAUGCGAAGCUAGAUAUGAGUUGUUAUUCUCGCGGUACUCGAAAAUAAUGAAGGUGCAACAGAUCAAGAACGGAUGGCUUCAAAGUAGCUACCAUCGUAUCGUCAUCUAUUUUGCUAGCGCGCUAGAUCUUAUUAGUUAGAUUAUUUUCAAGGUUAUUUCACUUUGGAUAUUUUUAUUAAUUAGACUUAACUACGACAUACAAUUUGCAAUUAUGUUUAUAGAAAAAUACAUAUAUGGCUAGGAUUUUGGUGAAUAUGCAAUAUUUGUAGGGAUUUUAAUUAUCUUAGUAUAUAUUUAUAAUAUAUUGAUCAAAGUUUUUUUUU